AUGGGCUGCUGGAAGCAAGAGAAAAGAAAUACCUGGACUUUUCCCACCCUGAUCCUCUGCCUCUAUGGAUUCUGCUACAUGAUGAAACCAUCAGAACCUUUCCUAACCCCUUAUCUAACAGGACCAGAUAAAAACCUUACAAUUGAUGAGGUUACAAACCAGAUUUUCCCAGUGUGGACAUACUCCUACCUCGCACUCCUCAUCCCCGUCUUCCUCAUCACCGACUACGUGCGCUACAAGCCCGUCCUCCUCCUCCAGGGCAUCAGCUUCAUCGUCACCUGGCUCCUGCUCCUCUUUGCACGUGGAGUGCUGGCCAUGCAGGCCGUGGAAUUCUUCUACGGGAUGACAACAGCCACUGAGGUCGCCUAUUACGCCUACAUCUACAGCGUCGUCAGCACCGAGCGCUACCAGCGGGUGACGAGCUACUGCAGGAGCGUCACUCUGCUGGCAGCCACCCUCGCCGCCCUGCUGGGACAGCUCCUGGUUUCCCUGGCAGGUGUAUCCUACUUCCACCUCAACGCCAUCACUUUGGCUUCCGUCUCCCUGGCCUUCCUCUGCUCUUUUUUCCUCCCCACGCCCCACAGGACUAUGUUCUUCCACAGGAAGGACGGCCCAGAGGCUCUCCCGGCGCCACAGAAAGGCCUCGAUUCCCUCAGGCCGGAGGACCGGGACUCGGGAUCUGACGGGCAGGGACCCGCACCCCAGCAGCAGGCAGAGGGUGCCCAGGCCCAGAGCAGUGUGCUCAGAGUGCUGGUGCAGCUGAGCAAGGACCUCAGGGAUUGCUACAGCUCCAGGAAACUUCUCUACUGGUCCCUGUGGUGGGCUCUGGCUACGGCGGGCUUUAACCAGGUUGUGAAUUACAUCCAAGUGCUCUGGGACUUCAGAGCCCCCUCUCACAGCUCAGCAGUGUACAAUGGAGCUGUUGAAGCAAUAGCAACUUUUCUGAGCUCAGUAACAUCUUUUGUAGUACAAUAUAUGAAAAUUAACUGGGACCUUUUUGGAGAAAUGGCUUUAGGGAUUUUCUCAGCAAUAGAUGCUGGCUCUCUGUUUCUCAUGCACUUCACUACCAAUACCUGGGCAUGUUACGCCAGUUACCUCAUUUUCAAAGCAUGCUAUAUGCUCCUCAUAACAAUAGCAACGUUCCAGAUUGCAGUCAACCUGAGCAUGGAGCGCUACGCGUUGAUGUUUGGCUUCAACAACUUUGUUGCACUGGUGAUUCAGACCAUCCUUACAGUUGUUGUUGUGGAUUCAAAAGGACUAGGACUGGACAUAGUGACUCAGUUUUUAAUUUAUGGCAGCUACUUUGCAGUCAUAGCUGGGAUUUUCUUGACCAGAAGCAUUUGCAUGCUUGCUUCAAGCAAAUGCCCAAGGAAAAUAGCAAGAUCUUGCAAAGAGCACCUGAACCACGCUGAAGAUGAAUCCAAAGAGCAGGCUGUAACUGGGUCCCCGACAUGGCUGCAGGAGUCAGGCUGA